AUGUUCUGUUGGAGUCCUAUUCCUGAGCUAUACAAGUCCAUCAUUGAAGAUGUGAUUGAAGGUGUGCGGGAGCUCUUUGCAGAGGAGGGUGUAGAGGAGCAGGUUCUGAAGGACUUGAAGCAGCUUUGGGAAACGAAGGUGACACAGUCCAGAGCAACAGAAGGCUUCUUCAAACACAGCCACUGCUCUCCACGGUUCAGCCUGCAGCUGCCACACAGCUCUCACAGCCUCUUGCAGACUUCAGCAGCUUCUUAUGUCAUCCAAGCUGGCAGAGGCUUUCAGCAUUUCACAGCAGCAAAACUGGGCCCCCCACGAGUGGGUGUGACUCUUGCUCUCCCUUCCUGUGUUGCUUAUCCUUUGCAGAUGCCAGCUGGGGUGAUGCUGCAGCCAGCACCAGGGCAGCUUUACAAGGUGAAUGUGCCUGUUGUGGUCACACAGGCCUCGGGAGAUGGAAACCUUCUCCACUACCCUGUGCAGCAGAUGUUUCAUCCCCUUGGGCAAGCUUCAGUUCUGCAGGCCAGCCUGGCCAGUGUCACACAGCUGAGUGCAUCUGCUGCCCAUGCAGCUGGUGAAACACUGCAGCCCCAGGAGGCUGCGCUCCAGCAGGCUGUGCUGUUUAAACCGAGCAAUGUGGAGAAACAACACCUGGAGAACUCUGCUCCCUUGGUCCAGCAGCCUUCUGUGAGUCUGCAGAAAUAUGAAAUUAAUGCAGUGUUGAAUCAGUGCAGUGAAUCCACAGAAAAAUUCCAGCAUGACAACCUUCACACAGCUGUGUUUACUCCAGAAUGCUCUGAAGGACUUUUUAUUGAUGAAUCCUUGGCAAGCAGCUCGAGCAGCAUCCUGCUGGAUGUGGAGGGGCAGCUGGACAUGGAGCACCCAGAGCUGCUGCAGCAGCAGGUGUCUGAUGAUAUCAUUGACCUGAUUAUUGCAGGGGAAAGCUUGGAUGGAAAUGCAUUCCUGAAGGAUCAGGGCAGCAUGGCUUCCUCUGACAAGGCGGAGUCCAAUUUACUGCUGGAGAAAGAUCUCUGCAGUGACAUUGAAGGCAUAAGUCAGCUCGAUGGCACUGGGGACGUUUCUUCCAAGGAACAAAUGCCACAUACCAAAGAUAAAGAAGAGAAUGAAUUCAUUGGCUUUAUUGAUUCAGAGGAUCUGAGAGUUCUGGAUGAUGAGGAAGACUAUGAUGAAGAAUGUGACAGUUCUUCAAACAUAGAGUCCAGCGGCAGUGACGGGGACAAUGAAGACCUCCAGAUAGACAUAGUUGAGGAGGACCCCUUGAACUCUGGUGAUGAUGUCAGUGAGCAGGACAUUGCAGACUUGUUUGACACCGACAAUGUGAUCGUUUGUCAGUAUGAAAAGAUACAUCGAACUAAGAAUAAAUGGAAGUUCUACUUAAAAGAUGGAGUGAUGUCUUUUGAGGGUAAAGACCAUGUUUUUGCAAAAGCCACAGGAGAUGCAGAGUGGUGA